CCCCAAGAUGCAAGUUCACCGCUCUUUCUGCGUGCUUAUAUUAUACUUAUUUUUUUACGAUGCACUUUCCCAAGAAGAAACUAAGGUACCGCCAACUGAAACAACUGCACCGCCAGCAGCAAGUGUAGCAACCGAAGAAGCUCCCAAGAAUAGUAACCCAGAGGCUUCAGGUUCCCCCAAGUGCAAGUCCAAUGAAAUUCUUUCCGAAAAUGGCUGCGUGGAGCGCGAUAACUUUCUGAACAAGAUCAUGUUGAGAACCUGGCAGGACGAAGGCUUCGGCAAGGCAAAAGCAAGAGCUGGCCUGGUCGAUGUGAUUGAGUGCAGGGAUGGUGAGGUGAGGACUCCAUUUGGCUGCUCAAAGCCACCGUACCCACCGCACAGGGAGUCAAGCCGGGUGCCAAUUCACCACAGCAGCUUGUACCGCGAGCAGGUGGUGCACUCCAAUUACGGAUCAGCACGUAGCGUCCAUCAAGAAAAGGUCAAGAUCGAAAAAGGAAAAAGGGAGCCAUACUUGGGUCCCCCCAUUUCGGGGCAUAAUAUUCCCCGCAAGAACUACAUCCUGCCGGGCAGGCUGCUCCGAAGCGGGCGUCAGUGUCGCCCAUAUGAGACUCCCGGGAAGGAUGGGCAAUGCCAACCAAAGAAGGGUAAAACGGGAAAUUACAAGCACAAAAACCACGUCUAUGGACUCCAAUUGAGGCACCGACACGAAGCGCAAGGAUAGAAAGUCAUCUACUAAUUCAAACUUUAUACUCGGCAAAUAAAGAAU